AUAAAACAAUUUUAUCAGACAAAGAUUAUCCAACAAUUUUAUCAGACAAAGAUUAUAAAACAAUUUUAUCAGACAAAGAUUAUCCAACAAUUUUAUAGGACUAUGAUUAUCCAACAAUUUUAUCGGACAAAGAUUAUACAACAAUCACUUUAAAAAUAACUACUGCAUUUUUGCCAGACAGACUUUCUUUGCAUGCAACGUACUUCUAUCAUCUAUAAUGUAUUGUGAAUUUUCAUUUUCUGACGAACAAAAAAUGCUAAUUUUUAGUGCCAGAGUUUUCAAAAUUAAUCAUGAACGUGCAUUGACACUUGACAGCCCAUCCUUAGACUGUAAGGCCUUUUUUAAGAGGGGGGGGGAUUACAAUCAACUACCCUUUCGGUGCGCUCUGCAGUAUUAUGCAGUAAACUGAACGAAGAUAUAUUAUAUAUUAUAUUAUAUAUUUUAGCUUAGGGGGAUUUAGCCCCCUCAGUAUUUCCCAGACCCAAACAUAAAAACUUAUGAAAUUUGUAUGCGAAUGCAAGAACAGGUCUACAGCAUGAUCAUUGCUCCCAGGGACGGUUUGAUAAAGGACUGGUUGUGUCAUUUAGGUCGAAAUAAGUUAAUCUCAAUAAAAUAUGUUCAAUAUAUUCACAAACAUUAAAUAUAUGUAAAACGAUUUAAAUCAAAUAUUUAGAAAUAUUAAAUAAAAAAUUUAACUUGUGAAACCUUUACAGUCUGAAGAAGAUAAUUUAUUUUUUUAGAUUUAUAACUGCAGGAUGAAAUUUUGUGCAAAUUUAAGUUUUAUGUACGGGGAGGAAGAGAAUUUGCUUAGAAGAUAUGAUCUUGCUGAAAAAUCUGGGUUUAAGGGGGUAGAAUGUGCAUUCCCCUACAGUGUUCCAGUAGAGGAGCUAAAACUAAAACUGAUGAGCACUGGACUUACCCAGGUACUGAUCAACACAGAUCCUGGCACUGUAUAUGGAUAUACAGGACGUAAAGGAGAAGAAGACCAAUUUAUGGAAUCCUUAAACCUUUCAUUGAAAUACUGUAGAGAGCUAGGAGUAAAACUCCUUCAUAUAAUGAGCGGGAUAAAGCAGGAUGGAGUUUCUAAGGAAGAGGUGAAAGGACUGAUGCUUAGUAACCUAAGAAAAGCUAUUCCAAUUCUAGAAAGAGAAGGUGUGAUUGGACUACUGGAACCAAUCAAUCCAUUUUCUCUCCCAGGUUAUAACAUGGACAGUUUCAACCAGGCUGUAGAUAUAAUUAGGGAGCUGAAUCAUUCAAAUAUACGGCUUCAGCUUGAUAUAUUUCAUCUUCAGCAGGUGGAUGGAAACAUUACAAGAAGAAUAACUGAACUACUUCCAUUGGUUUCACAUAUUCAGAUAGCUCAGGUUCCUUUGAGAGGAGAGCCCAAUAGUUCUGGAGAACUAGAUUAUAAAUACAUUCUUAAACUACUGGAGAACCAGAGAUAUCAGGGUUGGAUAGGACUGGAGUACAAACCGGUUUCUAAUACACAAGAUGGAUUGCGCUGGAUUCAAGAUUUUGGAUACAAUCUAUUGUGUAUAUAAUUUAAUAUAUAUUGUUUUUUAAAAUAGA